UGGCAAUACUGCUUGCAUUGUUUAGAGAGACGUGGGAAAAUGAAACCAGAAAGUGACUGGAAUGUUUUAUAUACAAUACUCUUGAAAACAAUCUAAAGCCAAUUGAUUUUAAAUGUAUAACGGCUCGUAAUUUUUCACAAUCAGAAUUCUCAUUUAUACUGACGGCAAUGGCACUCAUUUUCGUUGUACUUACAAUUAUUUCAUGCUGCUCAAAUGUUGUUCUGCUGGAGAUUUUGAUGAAGGAGCUUCCAGGAUGUGGAAAUAUUAUUACAUUUUCACAAUUCCUUUUCAUAGCUUUAGUAGGCUUCAUUUUCACCAGUAAAUUUGGAUCUGUUCACCCAUCUGUUCCUAUUAGGAACUAUAUACUUUUAGUAAUUAUGUACUUUGCUGUGAGUGUUUCUAAUAACUGUGCUCUCAAUUUUGAUAUUCCUAUGCCUUUACAUAUGAUUUUCAAAUCGGGAUCUUUAGUAACCAGUAUGUUAUUAGGGAUGCUACUACUCAAAAGAAGAUACUCCAUUUCAAAAUAUAUAUCUGUCUUACUGGUUUCAAUUGGAAUUUUCAUUGCUACAUUUGCUUCGAAAAAAAUGAAGGCAGACGAAUUAGAAUUCAAAGCUGGUGAUCAGUUAUGGAUUGGUAUUAUUUUGUUGUCAUUUUCUCUACUAAUGUCAGCAGGACUAGGUGUAUACCAAGAAACUAUAUACAAACAUUAUGGAAAACAUCCUUUGGAAAUGUUAUUUUAUUCUCAUGCUCUAUCUCUUCCUGGAUUUAUAUUGCUUGCUGGUGACAUAAGUCCUUUUAUUCCUUUAUUGUCUAAAUCUGCUCCUGUUCAAAUUUUGCCUGUGCUAACCAUUCCAAAGAUGUGGUUAUGUCUAUUGGGUAAUGUUUUGACUCAAUAUAUUUGUGCACGGUCUGUAUUUACAAUUGCUUCCAAGUAUUCAUCAUUGACAGUAACAAUGGUUAUCACUUGUAGGAAAUUUAUUUCAUUGAUAUUUUCAAUAAUUUAUUUUAAUAAUCCUUUUACUUUAGCCCAUUGGUUGGGUACAUUCCUUGUAUUUGCAGGAACACUGUUAUUUGCUGAUAUUGGGAGCUUUAGGUAUCAAAAAAAGAAGACUCAGUGAGAUUUCUAUGGAAUAAUUGAGUGAUUUUAUUUAUUUAAAUUAUUUUUACUUUUGGAAUGUGUGAUGCGAGAAAUUCAUAUUUAUUAUGUCAUGAACAAAUUUUCAUUAAUGAUUUUAAAAAUACUCUUUUACUUAGAAGAAUUUAGAAUAGUGUAUUCUUAUGGCCAAACUGCCUGCUGUUUGAUAAUCACAUGGGAAAAAAGAUUUAAACAUUUUUCUUCAACAGUGUUCAUAAUUUGGAUAUUCUGUGAUAAAUACUUUUUCCAUUCAAUUGGAAGUUAUUGUGAAAUUUGUUACUUUUAUGAAUAAAUGAUACCUAUAAAAAUUAU